UAAUAAAUUCCAGAUAAACCCCUGAAGGCAUCAUUAGCUCUGUGAGGAGAAGGAGAUGUUUUUCCAUGUCUGGACACAUUUGUUUCAAGAAAAAGUAACAUCUUCAGCCUCCACCAUGGACUCACUGAUUCAGACAGCCUACUUUCUGCAGGUCUCUCUCUCUCUCUCUCUCUCUGUCUCUCUCUCUCCUCCUCUCUGCUGGCCGCGGCCCCAGAACCGGCCUAAAGCAUCCACAGUAUGUUCGCAGGCUCGGGCCUCGUACUAGGAAACAUGAGCAGGGUGACAUAUUCAGAGUCCCGGGCGCUGAGGAGCAGGCCGAGGGAUAAAAAGCGGAGGAGGAGACGGAGGUCCGUGUGGUUUGAGCUCAGGAUCUCAGGACGGGAACAUGUGAGCAGGGAAUGGGAGACUGGAAACAGGAUUAUUGUUCUACACAGCAGAAGAGAGACGCAGGAAGGGAAACAGGAGAGACGAGGGGACACUGUGACAAAAACCCGAGGAGAUUUCUUUUUUUCCUUUUUUAAUUUUUGCCAAUAUCUGGCCCAAAGAUGAACACCAUCGUGUUUAACAAGCUGAGCAGCCAGGUCCUGUUCGAGGAGAAGGCGAAGGAGGUGGAAAUGAGCAGCAGAAACUAUCUAGAAGUCAUCGACGGGCAACAUCCAGACCUCCUCUCCUCCAGCAACCAGACCAUCAUCAGAGACAACCAGGCCAUCAGACACAGGAGGAGUGGGGGUCGUCCCAGCGGCGGUAAAGUGCGGCACAAGCGUCAGGCUCUGCAGGACAUGGCGCGGCCGCUCAAGCAGUGGCUCUACAAGCACCGGGACAACCCCUACCCCACCAAGACGGAGAAGAUCCUGCUGGCCCUUGGCUCGCAAAUGACCCUGGUGCAGGUGUCCAACUGGUUCGCGAAUGCCAGGAGGCGACUGAAGAACACGGUGCGUCAGCCAGACUUGAGCUGGGCGCUGAGGAUCAAGCUCUACAACAAGUACGUCCAGGGCAACGCCGAGAGGCUGAGCGUCAGCAGCGAGGACAGCUGCUCAGACGACGGGGACAACCCUCAGAGGACACAGAGCAGCCCCGAGCAGCUCAACAAGCCCAUGUACCAGAGCGUGAUCAAGAAGGAGGGCUCCUCCAUGGUUGGCAUGGGAAUGGGCAUGGGCAUGGGCAUGGGCAUGGGCAUGGCCAUGGGUAUGGGCAUGAGCAUGGGCAUGGGCAUGAACAUGAGCAUGGGCAUGGGAGCGGGGCUGCGCUCGGCCGCCUCCCUGGCCGAGGACUACGUGUCUCCGCCCAAGUACAAGAGCAGCCUGCUGCACCGCUACCUGAACGACUCGCUGCGCCACGUCAUGGUGGCCAAUGCCGUCAUGGACGCCCGCAAGAGGAACCACUCCGGCUCCUUUAGCUCCAACGAGUACGACGACGAGCUGCUCUCGCCGUCUUCCUCCGAGGCCGAGGCGAACUUUGUUUAUCGGGCUGAAACCACAGACCAUGGAUCAAGUAAAUGUGACAAUGGCGGCAGUGGCGUCGGAGCUACGCAAAAGGAGCGAGUGAAGGGCAAAGACGAGACGUACUGGAGGGAGAUCAACGCCGCCAUGGCCUUGACCAACUUGGCGCAAGGGAAGGACAGUGUCUCCGGGACCACCAGCUGCAUCAUCCAGAAGUCCUCCCAUAUAGCAGAGAUCAAGACUGUUAAAGUGCCGCUGAUGCAGAAAUAUUAGCCCUGACGUCAUCCUCCUCAUCUCCUCUAUGCAAACCAGCAAACAUUCCUGUUUCAGCAAACUCGCCGCCGGAGUCCAAAUAAACUCCCAAAGAAGUGAAAAGACAACUGUUGUUUAGGGAGGUGGGGGUUGUGUUUGAGGCGAGGAACAAAGUGCGGAACAAAAAGAGAACUCAUUCUUUUUGGUCGUUAUUGGUGUCUAAAAAGGCGCAAAAGAGGCCUUGACCAUCUUUUCCUUUGCUGGGCUGACAGACAAAUGUUGAGUUUCACUGCAGUAUUUCCGAAUAACAGACACUUUUGUAAUGUUAACUUAUUUUUGAUGAUUUUUUUUAUUUCUUCUUUUUUUAUGCGACAAAAUUUGUAUUUUGCCGAAAGUGCCUUUUAGACAAAUAACUCGCCGACUGUGGUCAAUGCAAAGUACAGAUACUGAGGUGCCUCUUAUAUAUAUAGUAUUUUACUAAGUUUAGUGUCAUGAUUCAGGAUUUGUGAAUGAAAACUCCCCGCAACAGCUUGUGCCUUAAGGACUGAAUGAGCUCACCAUCUGAGGCGCUGAUGAACUCAAAUAGCACGCACAUUUCUCUUAGAAAAUACCCAGCAGUAGUUCCCUGAAGGCAUCAUGCUUAUUUUGACUGGAGUCUUCAUUUUGACUGUAAAGCGAACGCUGUUUUGUCUCAGCCAGCCUCUCGUUGCUGGCAGGCAAACAGUAACUGUCGGAUACGUAGAUGCGUUGAGCCUAACGUGAGCGGCAGAUCGAUAAGCAGCCGACGUUCUCCACCUUGGAUCGGCCUUGGAUUGCAUCACCCGGCGAAGGAUUCCUCUCUUAUCUGAGUUGCUGAAACGUGCACAAACGCUCAGCUGGACCUCAAUGAAGUCACGUUUACGUAGAUCUACAAGCCUGCUUUACGGUUCCGUAUCUGCUCAGACAGAAGAAUGCCAUGACCUAAAAGGGAUGUUUUUGCUUUGCAUUAUCAGUGUUUUAUGUGGACAGUGUUGCCUUUUUCACAUGUUUGUGCUCAGAACAAGAUAGUCCAGAGUGAACAAAAAAAAAAAAAAAGCCACCACCACCGGCUCCCCCAGCCUUUUGAUCCUCAGCCCUCUCAGCUGUUUAGCAUUACAUCCAAAUUGCUGUUUACAAGAAGCCAGAGGAUAGACUUAAAAGUUUGACUUUCUCCCCCCUUUCUCCCCUUUUUUUGUUUUGUUUGUCUUCAAAACUACAUUUCAGUAUUAUCUACUUGUCGGCCAAGCAAGUGUUCAAAGUAUUUGUUAUUGUCAGUCUGUAUAUGUGUGGUCGCUUUGUUUUUGAUCAGAACUUUGUACUUGGUUUCACUUAACCGUACCGCAUUAAGAGCUUCUUUUGUCAUCCAGUGGAAAGAAUCUCUCUUCUAGAAAAGGACUUACGUACGGUGCAUAUGUUAUGAACGUUUGUGGCGAACGAUGCCAAGCUCACAAACGAGUUGGACUUAUGGGAGAAACUGAAGUUGGCUCUCUGGGGCUGACUUUUUAAUUUUAUGUAUAUCUUUAAGGUACUGUUUAUGUGUGUCAAAAUGUACACUAGGUCAUAAAUUGUGCUUUUUUUUUUUUUGACAACCCGUAUUGUGCUCAUGGUCAAGGACUUUGAGAGGGAGUGAAGCUGCACAAAGUGACUUUUUGACCUUUUUUAUGUCUUGAAUGUGCAAAAAAAAGAAGCUGCACUUACAGUUCUUGGUUUUCAAUCAGAAAACACACUUUUUACAUAAAGGUUUGAAGAAGUAAAAGAAAUGAAGGACAACCCUAUAUUAUUCCUGUUAGCGUGCCUAUGGAGGUAUAAUGAAAUCAAUCGCACUAGCCAAUCCCCAGGCACAAUUUGCUUAUGCAGUGGGGGUUGUGGGCUCCCACAUGUGUUUUUUAUACACCUGAUCCAGGCUGGGUAGCUGCGGGGUAGUGCCGGGUCCGCUCCUUGUGUUUCUAAUCGCACCUCUGAACCUCUGGACCACUCGCGAUCCUCACACCUCACACGAUACCCGCUCGCUGGGAAGAGAAAGAGCGAGUGAAGGAGGCUUCAGAGACAACAGAGCUGCCUUUGUUGUUCCUACCUGCAGUCACUCCUCAACGACGACACCAGUUCUAACAAAGAAGUCUUCAAGGCCCAGACUUUGGUACUGUACAUGCCUUUCUCCAGCACAAGCCCUGCUCUCACAACCACGCCGACAAAUGGAAAGCAACGGUAUGUAUUAAAGCCUAUAAAUUAUUAUUGCGGACUUUGUAAAAAACAAAGUGGUGAGCAUAGUUUGUUUUUUUAUUGUUAAGUUAUAUAAAUUGAGAUUUUUUUUUUUGUUUGUUUUGAUAGAGACUGGAUUUUCAAUCCAAUGACCAAAUGCAUAUCUCCUUGUAUUGUCCGAGUUGCUCUCAUGUAAAAUUUCUUUUAUAAAAAACAGUUGUUACUUGGUCAAAGCAAAUAAUGAAUGAAUAAACCUCUGAAUGAAAUGAAAA